GAGAGAAAGAAGCAGCAUCCACCAUUUUCAGACGGCCAAAGUGCUACUUCCCUCCAAGUCCCCCAAGCAGCAAUCCAAGUGCAAUACUAUACUCUAGCCAUUGUAACCCCCCUCUGGAUUCUAUUCUCAUUAUCCCCGUCCUCCCGAAGUGCCCACUGAGGAAACAAAAUUGAAAGGCCUCCACGUGGUUACCGAUCUCCCCUAGUUCUCUCAGGAUCUUCCCUCUGGAUGAAAUUGGUCUGACGCUAGAGUGGGAGAGCACUGCCAGUCGGGCAUCUCUUUUCCAUGACCAAACACGAUCGCUCCUACUCCAGCGCCGAGGUGUCGAGAGAGACCACCGAAAACCUCUACGAGUUGGGACUUCUCAAUCGUCCUCGUUCAAGGUCUCGGACAAGCACAAACGAUUCGAAACCGGCCCACCACUGUAAGACCUCCAGCAGCAGCGUUCCUUUUUCUUGCGGCGGCGAAACUCCCUUCCUCCAGCGUUGCUUUUCCACAGUCAAUUAGUGUUUCAGCAGGACAAAGCGAGGAAAACGAUAGAACUGACUCAUGGUGUUGUACCUCCCAGACCAGGUCUCGCGAGCCCGUCACGACGGAUAUCCUCCUCGCGCGGCCUCAUCACUGGGCGCCUCUUCUCACAAUUCGACCUUCAAGCAGUCUAGUAUUUCCUCGGGCACAUUGGGUAGACCGCAUACCCCGAACAACCAUCGUCCGCGUACGAGGGACCAACGGCCGCCUCCUUCCCCCACGACAAGCGUUCCUGGAGCUGGGCAUCCCAUGGCCGGCAUGCUCGACUCCGACCGCUCACGAUCACGACGAGAAAGGACAUUUGUUGGAGGGGAAUGCGCCGCUUGCGAAGAGCUGCUGGAACAUACACUGAGGGGGGAGAGGGUUCUACAGUUCUCCUGUGGCCAUGUCGCCCACGAGGCUUGCUUCUACGAAUACAUUCGCGACUCGGACUCCCAAUAUUGCCCAACAUGCGACGCUCCCUUGAGUCUGGAUUCUUUCCGCGGUGGCAGCAUCCUGGAUCUGACCAAACUGAGUAAUAUGGUCCGAGCCGUCGCUUCCAAAGAUGUAUCUUCACCAAGGAGUUCACAAAAUACACCCAUGCCUUGGGAGCCCAGUAGGCAGGUGGUCCAGGACGACACUUACAGCUCACAAGCUGUGAGUGAAAGACUCAGCCGCGAGAACCCCAACCGAGACAGUCGAGAUAGCCAAAGAAUGCGCAUCGAACGCCUCGGCAUCGGUCAUGGCACCGGUCAUGGCACCGGUCAUGGCACUCUCGGAUCACAGACUCAUUCACGUAACGACAGCGGCAAUGCCUCCUCGACCGACUACGCCAAUGACCAUGCGGGUCAUCCACGAAAGCACGAUUAUGACCUCCACGCUAUGGAAACCACCGUCCCAGGAACUCAGACCAAAGAUAUGAAGCAGCCCAUCCCGGUCCCUAUUGUCACCGUUCGCAGUGAGUAUCCGACCUUGACUCGGUCCCGUCAACAGCAGACUGUUACGUGCCUCGUUACUAUUGAAGUUCCCGAAGGUAAAUUCCAUGGUCAACUCGAAGAAAUGCAGAACACGCCUCCGGUCCCACCCCUUCCCAGCGACUCUGGCGUCGGUAUUCCAGCAAUGCAUAGACACCAGGAAAUCCAGCGGCCACCUCUCGCGUACGAGUCUUCAGAAAUCCUUGACGAAAUUACCGAAGAACUGAGGAUGCGUGUGGAUAAUUGGCAUGGGCUCGAGUUUCAGAGAUUUGGAAAAUUACGCCUGCAUAGUGUCAUCAGGGUGGGCAAGGACCGUCACUCCUGGCAAGAGCUUGAGUGCUACCUGUUCGGAGAGAUGCUCAUUUGUGUCAAGGAGAAGAAGAACGCUCAGCCUCCAUUGAUCACCGAUUCCGGCCGCAAACUGACGAGAUGCACACUGAAAGGCUCGAUUCUGAUCAAGAAACACUUGCGGCAGGUGCAUGCAUCUCCAGACGAGUGCAUCUUGACGUUGAAUUUGUCCGUGGCCGAGCUGCCUACAUUCCAUCUUUUGUUCCAGGACCGAGACAAGCUGGAAAUCUGGCAACGAGCUCUGCGAGACCUUCAUGCCACCGAGCCCUCUCCGCGUUUCAACCAGGACUACGAACCGGACACCUCCGGCACGGAUGAGGAAGAGUACGGCCGGCAGACCACGCGCAAUGUCCGACGUGUGCCUUCAGUUGCCUCGUCCUACGGAGGACCCAGGUCGGCUACGACGGCAGCCACGGAAUAUUCGAUGUCGAAGAACAUGGUCGAUAAGCGGGUUCCUCCCUCACUCCACGUCCCCAUAGACAUUGUCGUUGUCAUUCCUGUGUCUUCCUCGAUGCAAGGUCUGAAAAUUACCCUUCUGAGGGAUACACUGCGUUUCCUGGUGCACAACUUGGGCGACCGCGAUCGGAUGGGUCUCGUCACCUUUGGUUCGAGUGGCGGAGGAGUUCCGGUGGUUGGGAUGACCACCAAGACGUGGAGUGGAUGGAACAAAGUGCUGAAUUCGAUUCGACCCGUUGGACAGAAGAGUUUGCGGGCGGACGUGGUGGAUGGCGCCAAUGUGGCCAUGGAUCUCUUGAUGCAACGCAAAGCCGCAAAUCCGAUCUCGACUAUCCUCCUGAUCAGCGAUUCCUCGACAUCCGAAAUGGAAGGCGUGGAUUUCGUUGUUCAGAGAGCCGAAGCUGCAAAGGUCGGUAUAUACUCUUUUGGCCUGGGUCUCACCCACAAACCAGAGAGCAUGCUUGAGCUGUCGAGUCGGACAAAAGCAUCGUAUCUUUACGUCAAGGAUUGGAUGAUGCUCCGCGAAUGUGCGGGUGGCGUCCUGGGCGCGCUUCAGUCGAUAUCUCACCAGAACGUGAAGCUCAAGCUCAAGUUGCCUGAAGGAUCGCCCGCGAAGUUCGUCAAAAUCAACGGUGCUCUCCAGACGACGAAGAGAGCCACCGGUCGGGAUGCAGAGGCAAGCUUGGGAGACCUCCAUUUUGGCGACAAACGCGACGUGCUGGUGCAGUUGGUGAUCGACCCGGACACCUCGACCUCGGAGCCUGCACCACAGGAUGCUUGGGAAUCGAUAGUGUCGGGUCUCGAAGCUCUGGGUGGUUCCCUUGAUACCGAUGAUCAGAGGAUUCAAAGCGUGGAGGAACUGCCAUUGCUCCAAGCGGAUCUCUCCUUUGGCGAUCUGCACCGGGAAGGCUCCAUGGUGCAAUUACCCCGGCCAUCACUCCUGACCAUCACCAUGUUACCCUCGAAUCGUCGCUCGCGCCAGAAUGGAAGACCGCCAACACCUCCCAUCCCUCCCCAUCCAUCCAUCGUGCAAAGGCGCAUGGAGCUGCUGACGUCCGACAUGCUGAGUCGCUCCCUCACUCUUGUCCAGCGCGGUCAGCACGAGCGUGCGCAUCACCUGUUGAACGAAACAAGAACUAUUCUGAAAGGGUUGGCGAAAGGCGGGCUGCCACCACUGCCUCCAGGCGCCACUCAUCCGGUCAAUAAACGCCACAGUCCGCAGUCAAAAGCCGGAAGUCCCAGAGCUGCCACCCCGGACCACGCCCGCGACCACAGCCCCCAUUCAGACGCCAGCACCCCUAUUCCGCGCUCGACUAAUGUUGAUCACACCAUCAUGAAUGCUCUCGACGCCGACAUCGAAGCCAGCCUUGAGUGGAUCAACCAUCCCGCCGUGUUCUCACGCGACUCACGCAAAGCAGUUCUCCAGGCCAUUGGAGUGAUCUCGUCCCAACGGGCUUAUACCUUUAGAACUGCAUCCGAAUCCUUAUGGGCGGAACGAGUCACCGGGGUCAAGAGGCUCACGGAGCAGUCGAGGGAAUGGAGGGAGACAGGCGACGACGCUCUGACUGAAGAGUAAUGAGGCCUUUACGACAUGAUUCUAUGUACAAAUUCCUCCCAUAUGUGCAUGUUCAUUUUCUUGAUUAUGUUGCCUGUUCUAAGAUCAGCGAAGAAAGAACCCCCUGUGUGGAGCGAAAGAGCUUACUACAGCACUUCAAAAGUUGAGCGGUUCCAUGUGUUUUGUUUUGGAGUAUUAUACCCAAUGUAACAGAAGCGGCUUGAUGAUAGCGGUCAAAGCGACAUUCCAUAGAUUACGCCCUGCUCGGUGCAUAGUAUUGCAGCUGUCAAAUCUCCAUCGCACUUGGACAUAGUA